AUGAUGAAGUAUUGUGAGAUGAGAGGCAAGGAAUUAUUGGAUGGUAAUGUACUUACGGCUGCUGACCUCUGUGAAUGGAUGAGAGGAAAGAAUAAUAAUGAAGCUUCCAUAGUUGGUGUUGGCUUGCCUUGUUAUUCACUCUUACAAGCACUUAUGUUCUCCAUCAAAGCUAAUUCAAGUGGUGUAUUGCUACUUGAAGACUUUGAGAUUACCUAUUUUAAUAAGCCAAAGGAUAAGUUGUUGGAUUGGUUCUUCAAUCUUGUGAUGGUCCUGAAGGAACAGAUAAGGGUCAUCAAAUUAGGGGAAGCUGAAUUGAGAUACUUGAAAAAAGUAGUUCUCUUUGGAUGCAACAAGCAAUGA